AAGGUGGUUCUGUAGGGAACGGUCCUGUUUCCUGUAUUCUCCGGCGACAGCGCUUUGCGUAAAAUUGCUGUUUGCGCGAGGGUUGGAUCUACCUCUUCAUUGGGCUGUGACACAGGAAGUAGUCCAUUUGAGAUUAAAAUGACAUCAUUCAAAUCCAGGUUGAAGGAACUGGAUGUUAUGCUGGAUGAGGACAUCAUAUGUCUCAAGGAGCUCAGGAAAUACUGUUUUCAAGGCAUUCCUGUGGAGCAGGGUCGGCGUGCGCUCUGCUGGAAGCUGCUACUCAACUACCUACCGCCGAGCCGCGCCGCCUGGGACGAGGCGCUCCGCGGACAGCGUGACACUUACCGGCGCUUUGUCCGUGAGAUGGUGGUGCGGCCGGGCGGGCGAGCGGACGGCAGCGUACCGUCGCGCGUUGACGUCACGGAGCGUGACCAUCCGCUCAGCCUCGACCCCGACUCACAGUGGCAGGCCUUCUUCAAGGACAACGACGUGCUCGGACAGAUCGACAAGGACGUCAGGCGACUGUGCCCGGACAUCUCUUUCUUCCAGCAGCCGACCGAGUACCCCUGCCGGGAGGUGGUCUGCGGCGACUACCACGAACGGCUGCACGAGCGCGUCGACCGUGUCUACCUCAGCUCGUCUAACGUGCGCCGCGUCGGGCUGGGCAUGAACAAAAUGGUGGACUCGAAGCUGCGCCCGUCGGACAUGGACUACGUGCCGCUGCCGCUGGGUCAGGAGGCCCACUGGGAGGUGGUGGAGCGCGUGCUCUUCCUGUAUGCGAAGCUCAACCCCGGCCAGAGCUACGUGCAGGGCAUGAACGAGAUUAUCGGCCCCAUCUACUACACGUUCGCCUCGGAUCCCGACACGAAGUGGAGAGAGCACGCCGAGGCAGACACGUUCGGCGUGUUCACCAACCUGAUGUCGGAGAUCCGCGACUUCUUCAUCAAGACGCUGGACGACUCGGAGUCUGGCAUCAACUACCGGCUGCGGCUGCUGAUGGAGAGGCUGCAGCAGCACGACCCGCACCUGGCCGUCCGGCUGCGCGUGCAGGAGCUGCGACCCCAGUACUUCGCCUUCCGGUGGAUGACAUUACUCCUGUCGCAAGAGUUCACGUUGCCAGACGUCAUCCGCAUCUGGGACUCGCUCUUCGCCGACGAGAAGCGGUUCAACUUCCUCACAGAAGUCUGCUGCGCCAUGAUGGUCCUGAUACGGGACCAGCUGAUGUCGGGCGACUUCGCGCACAACAUGAAGCUGCUGCAGAGCUACCCUCCCGUCGAGAUCCGCACUGUGCUGGCGCGGGCCGAGACGCUCAUGCACAGGUAGCCGGCGGUCAGGCGGCCGCGGCGGGGCCGCCGCGGGCGACGCCGGGCAGGUCGGUCCGGGGGCAAGCUUUUGUCAGGCCUUGUGCGGCCAGGCGCGAGUGAGAGCCGCCCCAGGCCCGCGUCAAAUAACAGCUUAAGUAAUGACAUGGAGAUUGCGACCUCCCCCGUCGUGGUAAUAUGAUGUUUAAUGCUCCGAAUAUCUACGUGUAGACAAUGCCCGCAUUGUCGAGGAGGUACAAGCUCCCCGUGGUGUUUGGUAUCCGCCAAGUGUCUUGGGUGUGAAGGAAUUUGCAUGGAGGGGCAUGUGAAUUAUUCUGUGAUGAAGGGCGAAUUCAAAUGCGUGCAUACCACUGACCACUGAGGAGCCCAUUAUGGUUGGAACGAUCGACGGACGACGCUCAUCUACUAGGUACUGUGACGAUUAGCCGUACGAAAGCGCAAGCUCAGUGAAACGGAAGUGGUCGUGAGAUAUCGAUGAAGUUGCAAAUAACAGACCAUUAAUGUCACGCACUGUCAUGUCUAGCUGCUUGGUAUUGGAGCCUCCGCCACUAUGCAUAUAGCCGAGGUGUUUUGUAAGGUCUCGGUAUCUCCUCUGGCCCACGGACCGGGUACAGACAAUGCUUAAACAAAUGUGUGUACAGAUCGCAUAGUUUGCUACCGCGGAUAUUUUGCUUCAAAGUAAAACGCCUAGCUUUACGCCUCUUAUCAUGACAUUGACGUGUCAGUGUACCGACUUAUGAUUCAGAGCCUGUGGGUAUAUUCUUACAUACAGUGGUACAACAUCUUGACUCGCCGUACACGUACUGCGUCUUCGGAGGUGUGCGCGCGUGCCGCAAUUCAGGCGCCGACCGCACGGCCGCUGUGCCGGCCGGCGGCCAGACGCAGCGUGUGUGUGGCGCCGCCGCGAGCCGCUGUGAUAUUGUGGACGGCGGACCGUGCCGAAACCGCGCCACUGUUGUACAACCCGGCUCUGGCGGCGCCGGCUGGUCGGGUGCCGCGUCUCGCAAUA